GGAAUUCAGUGCCUGUGACCAGUAGCAGUGUUUCCGCAUUUUCUGUGACUUCUGGAGGAUUUCUGGAUUUAGACAAAUUCCAAAAGCCUGAAGGAAGCUGGGAUUGUGAGGUCUGCUUUGUCCAAAACAAAGCAGAAGCCACGAAAUGUGUAGCCUGUGAAAGCCCAAAGCCAGGCACCAAAGCAGAGCUCAAAGGUUUCGGUGCUGAUGCGGUGUCCACAAAUGCUUCAGUGCCAUCAUUUACAUUCGGCAUCCAGUCAUCCUCCUCUGAAUCUUCUCAUACCUUAAGCAGCGCAGGAAGUUUUAAAUUUGGAGACCCAGGAAGCUUCAAAUUCGGUAUUGCAUCUGAAUCAGCAUCCUCCAGCCCCGUGACUGGAGGAUUUAAGUUUUCUGUGAGUGGAGGGGACUUCAAAUUUGGAGUUUCAUCCUCAGACUUGAAAUCAGAAGACAGUAAAAAAGAAGAUAAAAGUAACAGUUUUACCUUUGGACUUCCACCUACAAGUAGUCCAGCUCCUUCAGCGUUUCAGUUUGGGACAGCGAGCCUGGGACAGCAGGAAAAGAAAGAGGAACCAGGUCUGGGAGGCUUUGGCUUUGGCACGAGUUCUACUUCUUCCAUAGCUACCAGUGAGAAUAAAACCGGAGUCAGCGGCUUCACCUUUGGAACUGCGGCAGAAAAGGAGGUGGCAUCACCUGCUCCUGCAUUUAAGAAAUCGGAGGAGAAAAAGGAGGAAGCCCUUUCAGCAAAGGGAGACUUCUCUUUUGGCAGUGUGGAGUCUGCCCCCGCCUCACAGUUUGUUCUGGGAAGGACAGAAGAGAAGCAGGACUCUGUCAUUUCUGCCGCUCCACUAGCAUUUGGCAAGAAGGCUGACACUGAGGAGUUAAAGGCGCAGCCUGUCUUCUCAGCUGGGACGGCUGAGCAUACCAAAGAGGAGAGCACAGCAAAACCCAUAUUCAAUUUCAGUUUCGGUAAACCAUCGGAGAAGGAAGCUGAGCAGGCAAAGUCAUCUUUUGCGUUUGGGGCACAAACCAGUACUUCAGGAGCAGCAAAGCCAUCCUUCAGCUUCUUGAGCUCUAGCUCCUCCAGCACAGUCGUACCCACUGCUUCAGCCAACAGCAGCAGCGUGUUCGGAAGUGCCAUCUCAUCCUCAAAUCCUCAGCCAGUUCCCGCUCCCUUUGUGUUUGGACAACCCAGCAACACUGUGAGCAGUUCUGUUUUCGGCAAUUCCGCAGAAUCUGCAGCAUCUCAGUCUUUUGGCUUCUCUCAAGAAAACAAGCCAGCAACCACAUCUUCCGGCACAUCUCUUGGUUCGUUUCUCUUUGGAUCAGGAGAAACCAGCACCAGUGCAGCAAAUUCAGGCUUUACCUUUGCAGCCACAACCACAUCCAGUUCAACAGGGUCGUCCUCUUCGUUCCUGUUUGGCUCUGGGCCUUCAGCGCCUGCUGCCUGCCCAGCGUUUGGUGCCAGCCAGCCACCAGCAUUUGGCCAGAGCCAAGGGUCCAGUCAGCCAAGCGCUCCAAGUUUCGGAUCGCUGUCGACAACGCUGUUUUCAGCUGGCGCUCAGCCAGCCCCUCCUGCCUUCGGCUCCGUGACGACCAGUACUCAGCCCUCUGUGUUUGGACAGCAAGCGACCCAACAGCCAGGUUUUGGCUCUGGUACCCCCGGUGCCGGUUUGCUAUUCCAGUUUGGAAGUAACACUUCUAAUUUCAACUUCCCAAGCAACCCGGGAGUAUUUACUUUUGAUGCAAAUCUUCCUGCACCAGCAGCACCGGCACAGCCUUCCAGCUGUUCGGGAUUUUCGUUCAGCCAGCCUCCAGCAUUUACAGUGGGGACUAAUGGGAAAAAUGUUUUCUCUGCCUCUGGAUCAUCAGUUUCUGGUCGGAAGAUAAAGACUGCAGUUAGACGUAGAAAAUAAUCGCCCGGUCGGUAAAGCGACUUCCGAAGCAGCUACCGCCCUGCAUUUGUUCUGUUGUUGGGAUCGUACCUCAUGCUGGGUUAGCUGAAGUCAGAUCUGCCUAAAGAAAUAAAAACCUGCUUCCCUUUCCUCCCCUCUCCCCUCGUUCAUUUUUUUCUUUUGGGUAAGGAAUAGAGUUGGCAACAAGGCCCUUCCCGAGCGAAACUGUUGUAUACUCCAGCGAGUUCUUUUCCGCCACUGACUCAGCGUGGUCUGGCUGUAGCCGCGAGUAGAGCCUGCGCAGCGAAUGGCUUGUACAAUACCUCUUCAUCCGCACCGCUCUGUGCGCUCAUCCGCGUUUACUGACGCCUCCGAGUCGCAAUGACGUCAGCGAGGGAUGCUGUGUAGCGUAGAGGGUGUUGGUAACGAGUGACUUCUAUGCUGAGUUUGUGCUGGUGUAUGUGUGAAGUGAGUGAGUUUGGGUGUACCGUGCACUAAAAGUUUCUGAUAGGGGACGACUGAUUACAGGAUGAUCUGUGCUAAGGACUUGUUAGAUCUGUAGUUCUUCAUUUAAUAAUUAUAUGCUAUUUCUAUAUUUUCAUUCUUACAGCCCUUUAUCACCUGUCUCGCCUUCGUUAUUUUAUUAUGAAACGUGUAAAUACAAUUUUGUUCCUCUAUGUACUUUUUUGGCAUAACGGAUC